GUUUACUGGCCGGCGCUGCGACGACGUGCUGCCCCAUUUCACGCACCCGGGCCUCAUUUCACUGCAGCGCACCAAGUGCUUGCAUCUUUCUUCACUUAGCUUUACAAAUUCACUAGGUACAAUCUUUGGUUGUUACUCAGUUGCCUCAGACGCUUCUGGGGCUGCGAAGCACCGGCGUGUUUGACACAUGCAACAACGCCCAAAAUGAGCUCCGAGGAGCAAGACUUGAUUCAGGCGUUAGCACCCUUAACAAUACCAAAUCUAUCGCCUCCAGAUGUUGCGACAUUGCCUGUGGCGUGGCGUGGCGUGGCGUCGCAGCAUGACGGGCCAUCAUCGCAGCAGACUUUCAGCCAGCCAAGUUCUCAGUUUCUUUCGGACUCCCAGCAGAUAGACAGCAUGGGGCAGAAUGUUGGCAUGCAGUUGCCGGCGCCUCCCGACCUGGUCAUUCCGCCCCAGACGUCGACAUUCCCUAUUCAAACGGCUCUUGGGCGACUUUCUCCCGGAACAAUGCAGAUGUUUCCUCAGCCGGGAUACUUUAUGGAUCCCUCGGCUAUGGUGGCUGGUCCACCUCUUGAUAACCGGGCAGCGUCCAUGACCGUUCGCCAUCCAUCGGUCCUGAAGAAGGAGCACGCAGGCAGCAAAGCGGCUCGGCGCGGUCCUAUGGACGAAAUGCGUCAGCUUGUUAGGAUUCUGUCCAAACUCAUGCCAGAAUCCAGCCGUUUCCUGACAGCACCUGAUGAGGGUGGAGGCGGCAAUCGCGUCAAGGAGGAGCACAUCAAGGACUACCUCACCAAGGUCCUUGGACGCGGCCAGGACUCCUCAGACGACUUUCCCCCAUAUCCGGACUGGGGCCUGGCGAGCGGCUGGGCUGCAUACCUUAGCCAGCUGUUCACCUGGGCUCGGGGGACACCCAUCACACCGGAUCAGGCGUUGCGUUGCGCUCGUCGCUUGCCUGGGAGAAGUUGGGAGACGCUGAAUGAGGAGCUUGAGAAGUUGCGUCUGUGCCCAGCCGCAUGGCCCCUCCCGCUCCGCAAGGGGGCGGUGCGCGCAGUGCAGAAGAAGUACGAGGAGACCGGUCAGCUGCCCGCGCCCAUUCCGCGGGCAUCACCGGCUGCGCCUCGCGCCGCCUCUGCACCGGCGGGAAUGACCAUGAUGGAGGGCGUCGCGGGGCCCCAGGACGCCGCCGCAGUCGUUGCCGCCGCUGCUGCUGCCGCCGCCGCAGCAGCAGCUGGUGGCGCGGGUGCUGUUUCCGCGGUGGACACCGAGCCCUCCCAAGGCAGGGAGGCGGAUGCGGCGCCGAAGCGGGCGCUGUCGGGUGAUCCUCCGGGACCGCAGAUGCAGCAGCCGCUGCCGCACUCGGGCACUGCAGCACCGCCGCUUCCGUCUCCUCCCGGUCAGCCCGGCUUCGUACAGCCGCAGCAGCAGCCACAGCAGCAGCAGUCGGCAUACAUGUACGUAGCGCCGCCGGGCGCCGCCGUAGCAGGCCCCAUGAGCUACUACCAGGGCCCUCCGGGUCCGCCUGCCAAGCGCCGCCGCAAGACGAACGGCGACAGCAUCAUCAAUUUCAGCGAGUACUCGGAGCUGGAGAUGUGGCAUCUGGCUCACAAGGUGGUGUUAGAGGCGCUCAACAAGCGCCACACCACCCCGCCCGAGCUGCUGGGAGACCUGCAGUGGACGCACGACAUGGUGGUUCGCGCAGUGAACAGAUUCGUGGCGGCGCCGGGCCUCAUGCCACCAGGCACUCCCGUGCCCUCCGCCGGCGGCAUGCAGCAGCCGGGAGCCGCCCCCAUGCCCGGCCUGCCUCCCGGCUAUCCUGCUCCUCAGCCGCCGCUGCCCCCGCAGCAGCAGCAUCAACAGCAGCAGCAGCGCAACUCGGGUCCCGCCCCAACAGCUGCGGCGCUGGCGGCCGCUGUGCCCAGUGCGUCGGCUCCCGCGGCCGUGCAAGGCUUGGAUGCGGCGGCGGCUGCGCAGCUGAAGGCUCGGCUGGCUUCCGGCGCCUUCAACCCGCUGGGGGGUGUGGGCGUGGGUCUGGGCAUGCUGCCUCCGGGUGCCGCGCUGUCGGGCUCUCAGAGCGGCCCGAUGAUGCAGGUACUGCAACAGGCGGGUCAGACGCUGGGCGGGGCGGGCUGUUGGCCCAAGCCGCCCGCGGCACCGGGGCCGGUGCAGCAGCAACAGCAGGCGGCAGUGGUGGCAGGUGCUCCUCCCCAAGGCCAGCCGCAGCCGCAAUCCGGCGGCGCGGUGCAUGCUGCCUGCGGACCGCUGUCGGGCGGACCGCUGCCCUCCCCGCUGGCCUCACAGACCACCGUCCAGCAGGCCCCGCCCAGCACCACCCCCCUCACAUCCAGCCACGCACCGCAACUCAGCCAAGCGCAUGCCCCGACGGCACCUCCACCACAGCCUCUGCAGCAACAAUCGCACCCUCCGCAACUGCUACUACAACUGCCUCCACCGCUGCCGCCGCCGCAGCAGCAGCAGCCCUCGCAGCCCCAGCCGUCGCAGCAGCAGACCCAACAGAGCCUUCCGCAGCAGCAGCAGGUGGCAGGAGGAGGCUCAGGGGCAGCGAACGCGGCGGGGGGCGGUGGGAGCCAUGCAGCGGCGCCCGGCACCGGGAAGCCAGCAGGCUCGGCGGCUGCCGACCCGCAGGCAUCCAGGAUGGCCGACAAGGGGCAGGGGCAGCAGACAGGCAAGGAGGCGGCCAGGGAGGUCCAGGCCAAGCCAGGCGACGUGCGCAUGGGGGGCAGCGCAGGGGCCUUCAGGUCGUACGACAAGGGCGGCGGAGGGCUGGAAGCGCUGGCUGCUGCGGCGGAGAGGCUGGGCAGCAGGCGCGGCAGGGAGCAGGAGGAGGGAGAGCAGGAGGAUCGCGCGAUGUCCCCUCCUGCAGGGUCGCAGCCCCCGCCUGCGGCCCCGCAGCACCAGCAGCAGCAUCGCGAAGAGAACGGCCCGGGAACACGCGGAAGCAGCGCUGUGGCGUCACCGCGCAAGGCUGAGGGCAAGGCGGCUGGACGUGCGUUGGCCGUUGUGGUUGUUGAGGAAAUAGACGAGUCCGACGCCAAGGCUCGUUCCACGCUGGGUCUAGCACUCACUGACUCCGCCGUGGUUGAGGUGGACGGACCCGCGGGUCACGCGCAGCCCGCCAACAGCAGCGCGCCUGCCCGCACCUCAGUGCAGGCGAGCGAGCUGCGGUCGCGACUGCACCUCCACCUGGACCAGGCCAUUCAGAACGCGGAGGAGCGGCAACAACAGCAGCAGCAACAACAACAGAGCAACGCGGGGAGUCAGCAGCAACAGCAGCCACCGCAGCAACAACAACAACAACAACAGCCAUCUCCGCCGCCUCAACCGCAGUCCCAGCAGCAGCAGCCAACUGCCCCGUCUCCCUCAGCGCCCAGCAGCGCGCAGGCCGCGUCCCCCGGCCAGCAGCCCGCGGGAACCACCCUUCCCACGACCCCCCUCUUGCAGGGCUUCAGUCCGGCCGCUGGUGGCACCUCCGUCACCAACUACAUCGUGUGCCCCACCGGAGCCAUGGGCCUCCCCAUGGAGAUGCUGCUCAACCGGGGGCAGUUCAUGCUGCCCCCCAUGGGCCUGACGCAGCCGCUGAUGGGGCAGCCGAUGAUGUAUUUGCAGCUGCCGCCGGGGGUGCAGCUGCAGGGGGGAGUGCAGCUGCCGGCGGGGGUGCAGUUGCCGCCGGGAGUGCAGAUCGCCUCCACGAUCGGACCUGGGGGCACCCUGACAGUCGUCCCGCAGCAGUAGAGGCGG